UUAUUUUGCACCAUUCAGUGCCAACAUACGUAACGCCUGGAUUGUACUCCUCCGUCCGACUCUAUUCUGCCUUAUUUUUGUAGCAAAGCCUAUGUAGGAAGAUUGGAGGAGGAGUCGGAGAAGGCAAUGGAGGCACAUAAUAACACAAAGGACAUUGAAUCUCUAAUGGAAGAUAUGGAAUACAUCCCUGGUCACUUUCACCUGGACUUAAACCUCAACUGCGAUCCUCCUGGACCGGUAAAACUGAGGCACAGAGACACUUACCUGAAACAGGAGAGUCUCAGGGGGGAGCUGGAGGCUGAAGCUGGAUACUUACAGUAUGCCGUUCGCAAUCUUCUUGGCCUGCUGGCUUUUCACCAAGACCACUUUGAAAUGGCCGAGGAGAUAUUCAGAGGCAUUUGUAAAGAAGACCCGGGAAAUCUCAACGCUUGGGCCAACCUGGGCUACGUGUACGACAAGCUGGGGAGAGAGCUGGAUUCUGGGGAAUGCAUGGAGAAGGUAUCCCAGCUUAUGGGCUUAGAAGGCGGAGAGACCACCAAAGAGGACACCAGGCAAAUGGCGGCCCGCUGCCUGGCCGAACAGGCCUACGUUCAUCCCUACGACGUGGAGCUGGAGAAAGACGAGGACUUGAGGGAGAGACUUAGUGCAGCCCUGAUGCUGUUUAACAGAGCACUGGACUAUGGUGGUCAUUUGAUACCAAUAGAGGAAAAAAGAAGCUGGUACUUCAAGAUGGCAACCAUUUAUAUAAGACUGGACGACAUAGUCAAGACUGAAGAGAACUCAGAAUACUUCAGACUUUCUCACUAUAAUAAGGGACUAAGACUUCUCAGACAAACACUUGAAUCAGAGAAAACACAACAGAAAGCUCUUUCCUGGUGUUACGUUGGUAUCAUGCUGGAGAGACAGGAUGAGUUCAGCGCAGUGCCAAUGUCUGUACAUGACUGUGGCUACUCGGCCACGGAUCCUCUAUCCUGCUAUGGAUCUGCCAUAAAGUUGGCUAAUGACGACACAUUUAUCCUUAACCUCCUGGCCAAGCUGUUUUUUCUGCUGGGCAAACAUGAGAUGGCCACAGGGAUCUGCAACAUGGCUCUCAAUGUGCUUCCAGAUCCUGAGCUCAACUGGCAGGCCUACUGUACUCUCGCCAAGAUCAACACAAUGCUUUACGUAAGGGAUCUAGAAAAGGCCAAAAGUGGGGAAGGCGGAAUCCCAGACAGACAAUUGCUAACAGAGGCCCGGAAAAACCUGGAUAAAGUCUUGACUGCGCGUCCAUGUUUGAGGACCUACCUAGAGAUGGCACAGGUGUACUACUACAUGGGUGUGGACGCACUCCAGGAGAGCCUUUUAGUGGAUGAAGGAGCAAUAAACAAUGCCUUGGUGAGUCUGUCCAAAGCCCUGCAGUAUGAACUGGGUGACAGCUUGCCUGACGUCCACUUGCUCAGAGGACGCUGCCUCCUGCUCAAGGGCGAGGAUCAAAACGCUGCAGAUUGUUUCAAACACGCUCUGGACUUGGAGAGACGGACAAGCGCUGAUACCACAGCUCUGCGCUGCCUCCUCCAGGCCUUACUGGCUCUGUUCAUACAAGGCGGGCCAGACCCAAACCACGCUGUCACACAGAUGGAACAGUGUGUGCAGAAGGCUGAGGAGAAGUACCCUGCGCAUGUGGUUAAGGCCGAGCUGAGGUGCCUUUACAGGACAAACACAGCAGAGGUCACAGAGUUGUCUCGGGCCCUCAUCAGGACGGGCCGACUUGAUCUGGUCAGGAGGCUCCUGCAGACUGUGGCACCGAAACAAAUAGCUAAGAAGAAAGUAUUAACAAGAUCGUUCUCCAUUGCUUGAUGAUUGAAUUUUACGCAAUUACACAAAGUACUGUAAUGCAGCACUCGUUCUAGAUAAAUAUACUAUGAACUGGGGACAAUUGGUAGUAUUCUAAAGAAGUCUGCUGCAUCUGCAUCUUGACAUGUGUCCUGUGAUUGCAUGGCGACCAGACUUUAGCUAGAAUAGGCCCAAGCUCCCUGUAUUGCUAAACAGAAUAAGCUUUAUAUAAAAUGGAUGGAUUCACAUCAUAAUUAUUAUAUUCUUCAAUGUGUAUGUACUGACACAGUAUGUGACAAAUAUAAUAAA